AUGACGAAAGCGGAGCAGAAGAAGGCCGUGCAGUUCACCCGCAUGUGCAAGUUCUGGCAGACGAACGAGUGCAAGAUGGGGGCAGAGUGUACGUUUGCACACGAAACGACAGAGUUACGUCCCAGUCCCAAGCCGUGCUUUGACUUCGCGAAGAAGGGCAUCUGCACUCGGGGUGAUGCAUGUAGGUUUGCGCACCAGCUUGGGCCAAAGGCGAAGGUCAAGGUCACGGGUCACGAGAUGCCCAAUGCAACCUUCCAGAUGAUCCCGCCUUACACUCCAUCCCAGCUCCUUGCCGCCUACACGAUGCCAAUGCAGAGUCUCGAUGCGCCCCGAAGGUUUGCUUUGAACUCUGCCGCAGCACCAUGGUUUCCACGGGAAUCGGAUGACGUUUUGAACCAAUUCCCUCAAGCACCACCCGGGCUGGAUCAAAUUCCCUUGCCCAAGAGCCUCAUCGGUGGUACGGACGGCAAGGAUGAGGCAGACUUGUGCUCCACGAGCUCGGGUGAUUCCUCGCUGGGUUUGGAACAGUUGCCCGUCUCCGGAAUGAAAAGCAUGGCGGCUGAAGAAAUGAUGUUUGCCACAGCGAGUUUGACAUCUACAAUGCUGUCGGCAGUUCUUGACGAAAUGGCAGUACAAGAAUGGGAAUCUCGACGUCUGCUUGGCCAAGUCAAGUUGCCCUUAGUUGGUCUUGAAACUAAGCCACUUCGCUCCUCGAGUUGGGAAGCCAUGACGAAAGCCGAGCAGAAGAAGGCCGUGCAGUUCACCCGCAUGUGCAAGUUCUGGCGGACCAACGAGUGCAAGAUGGGGGCAGAAUGUACGUUUGCACACGAAACGACAGAGUUACGUCCCAGUCCCAAGCCUUGCUUUGACUUCGCGAAGAAGGGCGUCUGCACUCGGGGUGAUGCAUGUAGGUUUGUGCACCAGCUUGGGCCAAAGGCGAAGGUCAAGGUCACGGGUCACGAGAUGCCCAGCGCAACCUUCCAGAUGAUCCCGCCUUUCACUCCAUCCCAGCUCCUUGCCGCCUACACGAUGCCAAUGCAGAGUCUCGAUGCGCCCCGAAGGUUUGCUUUGAACUCUGCCGCAGCACCAUGGUUUCCACGGGAAUCGGAUGACGUUUUGAACCAAUUCCCUCAGGCACCACCCGGGCUGGAUCAAAUUCCUGUGCCCGCGAGUCUCAUCGGUGGUUCCGUUUGCAUGACGGACGGCAAGGAUGAGGCAGACUUGUGCUCCACGAGCUCGGGUGAUUCCUCGCUGGGCUUCUAG